AUGGCCGACCCCUCCCCCGGGACCACCCCGCUCCGUCCACCUUCUGCCCGCAUCUUCUGGAUCGUCGACAACUGGCCCUACGUCCUCGGCGGCACCGUCCUCACCCACUACGCACACUACCAGUACCUCUCCCGCGUCCGCAGCCCGCACCCGAACCCCGUCAAGAAUGCCCGCUUCUGGGCUCUAGCCUCUGGCGGAUGGAUGCUCACCUACCUCGGCAUAUGCACCGGAAUCGCCGUCGCCCAAGCCAAACUACAAUCACUACUUGACUACCGCCUCGCAACAGAACGAUCCUGUCCCAGCCAGCUGCCCACCAUGUCCGCCGACUUCUGGGCAGGCUACAUAAGCGGCGCCGUAGGCAUCAUCAUCGGCAACCCUCUCGACCUCCUCAAAGUCCGCCUCCAAGCUCGCCCGGCCUCCGCCCCCUCGACACCCCUCCCCUCCGCCUCCUCCCCGCUCCCGCUCCCGAGCCCAACCGCGGCCGCAGCGGCAUCCUACCUCCGCCACUUCGAAUCCCCCGCCUCCCUCGUCACCGGCUCCGCCGCCCCGAUCCUAGGCUACGGCGCCCUCAACGCCCUCCUCUUCGUCUCCUACAACCGCACAGAGGCCGCCCUCAACCGCGCCCUCGACGUCCAGUCCAGCCUCUGGACCACCUGGCUCGCCGGCGCCGUCGGCGGCCUCGCCACCUGGGUCGUGAGCACCCCGACAGAGCUGAUCAAGUGCCGCGCCCAGCUCUCCUCCCCGCCCGCCUCGAGCUGGGCCAUCACCAAGGACGUCUGGCGCGCCGAGGGGAUCAGGGGUCUCUACUUUGGCGGCGUGGUGACUGCGCUGCGGGAUAGCGUCGGGUACGGGUUUUACUUUUGGUCGUACGAAAUCACCACGCGAUGGAUGGGCGUCGGGGGCGACGGCGUGAAGGAGACGAAUCUGAGAGAGGAGGCCGCCAAGGUGUUGCUCUGUGGUGGUCUCGCGGGCAUUGUGACCGUGCGCGCCUUCGUCGUCAACGCGGUUCAGUGGGCAGUGUACGAGUGGGCGAUGUAUGAGAUGGGCGAGGGCCGAAGGCGGCCUGCUGCUGCCAUUGAGCCUGUGGGACAAGUCAUGUGA